CAAUAGUUCACUGGAGUUAACAAUGGUGAAGAGGUCAGGAAAUCGCUCACAUCUGAGAGUGAGCUGGGGUGAACAGCCAGGGAUCCUCCUGCACGGACUGGGUCUAACCCAGGGGUUGCUUCAGGGAGCCCCCUCCCCAUUAACAAGCAGAAACUUCCUGCCCUCUGAGCAGAAGGGAAGGCAGAGACCUCCUCCUGCUGUCCUGCAGGGCUCACAUCCCCUCAGCAGCCCCCAGGCUCCUGAUCCACGGGAGGCAUCCACCAAACAGGUAAUUUGGCUGAAUUUGCCUUGCCCCUUUCCCAAGGCACAAAUCCACUUGGCUUGGCUGCAAAACUUCACUCACACCCAGCAGAAUGUUUAAAAAAGUCACCAGAUACAUCGUAAGUCAAAUGGAUCCAAAGGAAGAAUUGGUCCCCGUGGAGAGCAUUGCAGACCACGAGCACUUCAGACCCUCCUGCCUUCUGGUAGGAAAAGAAAAAAGAAAAACCGUGUUCCACCAAGGUCCCUACUACCAGCGCACAGGGUUCACACUGGACGAUGUGCUGCUGCCUGGAGAUGAUGGGAAAAGCACAGAUUCCCUCCAUCCCUCGGGAGAUGGUCCACAUUCCAGACAAUUCACUCUCACCAAAGUCACCACUGACCAAGUCGAUGGGUGCCUCAGCCUUAGUGUUGACCCUGCAAAUGUGGAGCUGAAAGGAGGUGGCUCUGUGUCCCAGGAGUUUUCCAUCAAGCCUCAGACCAAGACCAUAUCCAUGGGCUCACUGGAGGCCCUGAGACAAAAAAGAAAAAUCAACAUGGAUCACUCCUUCAUCCAACAGCUCCAGAGGACAAAGCUCAAAUUGUUCUUGGUUUAUGAAACCCUGGAAGCCUCAGAGGAGGCCGUCUACAAGGAGUCCACCAAGGUACACGGGAGCUUCCUGGCCAAGAUUUACGCCAAGUUCUCUGCAAAGGGCACCACAGAGAACAGACAAAGCAUAGUCAUCCCCAAGAGCUGCACCCUGGCCUUCAGGGCCAUCGAGAUGAACAUUUACAAGGGAGAAUGGAGACUGGGAUUUUUCAUACAGUGUUCUGGUGAACUUGUAGGUUACGAAGAUGAUGGUCCCUCAGAAGUGGUGAGAGAAGUUGUACAACACUAUGCGGUUUUCUCCAAGCUGUCUCCUGACCUGCGGGUCAUGUUCCUAAAGACCAUCACAGCUGUGCUGAGAGACAGGAACCUCUUUCCAGAGCUCAGCCAGAAGAUGGAAGAUGUUUUUGCAGGAAUUGAUGGUUAUGAGCUGAAAACAGAAAGCCCAGACUUAAAAGACCUGUUGAGCACCUUAGAGAAUUCUCCAAGAGAUCAUCGUCGUCUGCUAGCAGAGGGAAUAACCUACACCCUUGAUGCUUUGGAUGAGCUACUGGACGAUCAGCUGCUGCUGCUGCUGGAAUCCUUGGAAAGGAAGAUUGUGUCCCAGCAGCUGAAGCUGGUUGAGAAACUCCUGGAGCACGAGCUGGAGAAGCCUUUCCGUGUGGACGCCAGGCUGCUCUCCUUCCCACGGCAGGAGGAUCAGCACUUGACCAUGGCCCUGGUGGAGCUGAGCAGAGUGAAGCUCCAGGAAGAUGGAUCAGCUGUGCCCAUGGAACAUCCCUUUGAGGUCAUGGCUGCCCUGUACGUGGCCCUGUACAUCCUCUGCCUCCUCAGUGACCCCAAAUAGGCACCUGGCCCUGCCCAGGGAACCCCUCCCCAAGGUGCUGGGAAACUUCUGCCCAUGAGCCACUUCUCUCCCCCAUUUUCAUCCUUGUUAAUGCUUAUGGCUGCUUUGGCUGGGAAAAGCAAACUCAAGGCAGGAAACCUCAUUAUGGAUGCAAAAGGCUGGAUAUCAAAGUGGAUUUCUCUGGCUGUUCCCUGUUGAAAGCAGAGGGACAAUUGGAAAAUCCAUGAGCCCAGAUAACCACAGGCCUGGCUGCUGUGCCUCAUGUAAUCCUGCUUCCCUAAAAACACUGCUGCUUCUGCAAUUAAUGAACAGGAAAGGGAAGGGCAAGGGAAUGCCAAGGGAAAGGGAAUGCAAAGGGAAAGGGAAUGCAAAGGGGAAAAAAUGCAAAGGAAACAAAGGAAAAGACCUGCAGUGACCCAAUUACCCUGGUCCCCCCUGUGGGUUCCGGGGGGCUCCAUGAGGUGUUUGUGGCACAAAGGUGGGGGGAUCCCAGGGGAUUCACCGACCCUUUCUUGGACCCAAUGCUGCCAUGGCCCCUGGGCUGCUCCAGGGACACGGGGCAGUGCUUCAGUUACAAUUUAAAUACUCUCAUUAUCACUUUAUAAAUAAAGAGGAGCUACUUGCUGAGCAA